GCUGUCCCAGCCGUGCGCCCGUCGCGUUGUCGGAACUGAGCUCGCAGCCUCUCGUGACCUGUCGCCGCCUGGAGCAUCCCGCAUCCGGCAGCCGUCGGCCAGCGGCAGGCGAGCGCGGCGGGCGAGGACCAGGGCAGGCGCGGUCCAGCCGGGACGCGGGCACAGCUAGUGAGGGGCGAGGCGGGUGGACGCCGGGAUCGCUAUGAUGGUGGCCACGUGUCUGCAGGUAGUGGGCUUCGUCACGAGUUUCGUGGGUUGGAUCGGCAUCAUCGUCACCACGUCCACCAAUGACUGGGUGGUGACCUGCGGCUACACCAUCCCUACCUGCCGCAAGCUGGACGAACUGGGCUCCAAGGGGCUGUGGGCUGACUGCGUCAUGGCCACGGGGCUCUAUCACUGCAAACCCCUGGUGGACAUCCUCAUCCUGCCGGGCUAUGUGCAGGCCUGCCGAGCCCUGAUGAUUGCAGCCUCAGUCCUGGGUCUGCCGGCCAUUCUCCUGCUGCUGACAGUUCUCCCCUGCAUCCGAAUGGGCCAUGAGCCUGGUGUGGCCAAGUACAGGAGGGCUCAGCUGGCUGGCGUUAUGCUCAUUCUUCUGGCUCUCUGUGCCAUUGUGGCCACCAUCUGGUUCCCUGUGUGCGCCCACCGUGAGACCACCAUCGUGAGCUUUGGCUACUCCCUGUACGCGGGCUGGAUUGGUGCCGUGCUGUGCCUUGUGGGUGGCUGUGUCAUCGUCUGCUGCUCUGGAGAUGCCCAGUCAUUUGGCGAAAACCGUUUCUACUACUCUUCGGGUUCCAGCUCCCCUACUCAUGCCAAGAGUGCCCAUGUAUGA